GCACUGGGCAGCCGCUGCCGCAGCUCAUGGUGCUCAAGAAAAUACAAGAGGACUACCUUCUUCUAGUUCUAAGACCUCCGAAUCCGAAAACCAUUUCUUGCAGUGGCGAGAUUUACCAAAAUUGGCUGCUUUCUGUAGUGAGAGUUCUUCAUCUUCAACAAGAGGAGUUAAUGUUAACCAGAUGAAGGAGAAGGACGUGCUAGCUGUGCCAAUCAAUGGAACCGGCAACUCCUUUCCGGAUUCUGACUACGCUGUUGUCAAGGCAGCUAACGAAAAAAUGCUGCAGCUGAGUAGCAGGAGUAAAACGUCGAAGUCAACAUCAACAACAUCGGAGCUAGCCCUGUCGCAAGACGAGAUUGCUGCGCACGAUUUGCUCACUUUUCGACUUGCAGAUGAUACGAAGUUGUUUGCGCAUCGUGCUGUCUUUUCAUCGAGUUUCACAAAGAAGAACGGCUUUCAACCAUCGUCAGUCAUUAACAUUGACAGUGUAGUAGUUCAAGAUCCACGAGUGUGGCACUCGUUAAUCUGUUGGGCAUACAGGAGUGAUUCUCUACUUCCUACAUCUAUGAACAACCAUAGCGGAGCUAUGACGACUGCAAGUACCCCUAUGGUCUGGACAGCUCUGCGUUGGUGGCAACUUCUUUGUGCGUGUGUAAAAUUCAACAUUUCACAGGAGCUAAAGAGCUUUGUAUUGGACCGAUUGAUACGAGAUUUGAGAGAAGAUAAUGCACCGGAAGUUUUGGGAAUGCUGCUGAAGUCCAGUGCGACAAUAGGCGUACCGGAGAUUGAGUUAUGGACCAUGCUGACAUGUUACAACAUUGACCCUCCAGAUAAAUAUGAUGGAUAUAGUUUCAUCUUAGCUUUUCAUCAACACUGACUCCUCCUCGAAGUAAACCAAAAGCUCUAAUGCCAAAGCGGCGUAUCGCGUUGAAGAUGUGUCAAUACGCUGGGGCUUGCAUGGAUCGCACGCAGACUGCGCAGAGGCUGAAACUACUGAAAACUUGUAUCGACUUGUUUCGUAAGGAUAAGGCUAGAUUUCAACAUUUGGAAUGAAACGCCAUUUCAGAAACAGAACUAACUUCAUAUGUAAGAAUUAAAUGUGCAUGGUGAUCCCUUAUAUUCCACUACUCGCAGCUAGUAGAAUUCUCGUGAACUACUACAGUGCACCCUUAUGUUUAUGUAGACCUACUAGACAGCACCGGUAUCAGUAAUGACUUUUAAUGAACCUCUUAUGUCCAUCUCAUCGAUACCAAUAUAACUUUUCACUAACCUGAUGAGCUCCACAAUACUUUUGCACAGGUAGAUACCCCUUCUAUUGUUUCAUCAACGAUAAAAUGUCGAAUUUGGUCAACUAUUUUUUUGUCAAAGCUAAGUAACGUGACCUCUAAAUUCAAGGCUAAGAAAGUAUUCAUGUCUUGUCUGUUGACUGUGGAUCCCGUAUUUCCAAAAGUCGAAACAUUUUUGUACUUCCACGUCUCUAGUAAUGUAAGAUGAAGUUCAAAGCAACUACAAGGUCGUCAUAUGGAUAAAAGCGAAGAUCUCAACAUAGCCAAGGCUGACAUGUGAAUGUGUGCUGCUCCAUGUAUAUAGUGAGAUUUUUCCUUAAUGG